GCCGAGCGCACGCGUGUCGCGCAGCCGCGCCGCCUCAAAUCGACAACAUAACCAACAAGAUUGUUAUGAGAACAGCGAUAUUGAAACCCAAACAGUGAAAUGCCAACCGACGUUAUGUCAGCGACGUGUCGCGCCGAGCAUUUCGGUCGAAGUUUAAAGCAGACCAGCAACGCUGAGGUCAAAUCUGGGUUUCUUGUUCUUUUGGGCACCCGGGGGAUGCGGCAAGACGUCCGAGUGGUGGUCUACAGAACCUCACUGGAGCACUUCGCGGUUAUAUACCCUAGAAAGAGACUGUCGAAGCCUAUAGCGGUGAUAAGCUUAAGGAACACGUCUUCAGACCGGGAGGACAGCGGCAUUGUUGUCCGGCAGAAAGGUUACGACAACACAGUGAUGGCAAAAUUUCAUUGUUCAGAGCGAGACGUGGAAUCUUGGCUGUCGGCUUUUUCUUCAACGUCCUCGCCCCACUGCCACCCUCACGCAUUGCCAGUGUUAAUUGAAGCUGAGGAAAGUUAAACAGCAAAUUACCUAACCGAGAAGUCGGUCUGUGAAUCUGUGCUUGAUAUGUUACAAGUAUGACUUCGGAUAGAGGUCGUGUUUGUUUUGCGAGAUGUGAGAAGUGAAAGCAAAUUUUUUGCGCAUGAAAGUACCUCGUAAUCAUUGUGUACGGGUUUAAAAGUGAGUGUUUUAUUGAGUCGUGAGUGACUCAUUGUUGAUUUAGGGUUUCUAAUUUCCCUCAAUUUUGGUCAAUAAUCAUGUCUUUUCCAAACUUCAAGUAAAUUGUAAUAUUAAGUAAAUAUUGAAUGAGCUUAUAAUAAGUAUAACACCUAAACUGUUCAUUUUAUUAAUUGUGUGUGUUUAAAUGUAGUUACUCGAAUGGUCUUGUUGAAUUAUAGAAUAAUUGAUAAUUAGAAAUAGAAGAAUUUGUCAUAAAUUGUAUAAUUGAUUAGCUGCUGAUACCUACAUAUUAAAUUUGGUAUUGAGAGUCG